AUGCUUACUCUGCUGUCUCUGUGUGUGGGAGCUUUGCUCUCCUGUCAGGCAUCUCCAGACUGCACACAGCCUCCCUGCAGGGACAACCUGGUGGCAGCGCCCAUCCCACCUGCUACUGGAAUAGGAACCGGCAUAUGUGAGGGUCAACGGGCCUGCAGGAAGGGAGUCUCGCUACUGGCCAUCUCAGAUGCCCCUUGGAAGGUAGAGCAGAGGUCAGACUUUCCUCAGAUUCAGGCACAGGGCGGAGGUGUGAAGGAGCGGCUGGUUCAGCUGCAGCGCUGCAUGCUUUCUCUCCAGGAAACAGGGGAAGCUCGGAUUGGGCAGGACAGCAACUCUCUGGGGGCCAUCCUGGCGCUAAUGGCAGCCGUGCUGACAGAGUGUGACCUCCACUGUCACAGUCAAGCCCUCGGGGCGAUGGCUAAACGACUGGAGGGUGCAGCCGUGGGAAGAGAGAGGGAGAAAGACCUGCUUCUUUUCCUCAAGAGCAUUACACAUCAUCAUCCUACAGUCGCACCGUUGAAAAGGUUGCAUCCUCAGGACUGCGCAGAGAUUUACAGACUGGGGAUCAAAGAGAACGGUAUCUACACCAUUCAGCCUGACCUGCACAGACCAGCACUGGAGGCUAAAUGUGACAUGGUGACGACGGGAGGCGGGUGGACAGUGAUCCAGAACCGUCAGGACGGCUCAGUGGACUUCAACAGGACGUGGCAGGAAUACAGGGAGGGCUUUGGCAAUCCGCAACGGGAACACUGGCUGGGCAAUGCAGCCCUGCACACACUCACAUCCACUGGCCAACACCGGCUUCAUAUAGAGCUGGAGGACUGGCACCAACAGAGGCGCCACGCCACCUACAACAACUUCAAAGUAGCCUCAGAGGCACAGAGGUACCGCCUGACAUCUCGGGAGUACUCCGGUGAUGCAGGCAAUGCAUUGAGCUACAGCAAACGCUACAACCACGAUGGCAGAGCUUUCAGCACCACUGACAGAGAUCACGACCGCUAUGCUGCCGGAAACUGUGGUCAUUACUAUGGUGCAGGGUGGUGGUUUGAUGCCUGCCUGGCCGCCAACCUGAACGGACACUACUACCGGGGGCGUUACAGCGGUGUGACUAAUGGUAUCUACUGGGGGACGUGGUACAUCCUCACUGAUGGGCGAACUGGUGAACGGUACUCCUUCAAGAGAGUAGAGAUGAAGAUAAGACCAUGGGACUUUGCUGAUUCAUCAUAA